AAUAGCGUCAUCGAUGCCACUGCCGACCACCACCGUCUGCCUUCCGUAGUCUUUAAAAAUGGCGGACGCUUCGUUGUUGCCGAACCCACACGUGUUCCUCGACGUGAGGAUUGGCGAAGAGUACGUUGGACGCAUUGUUAUCGAACUUUUCAAGGACCUGAAUCCGAAGACUGCGGAGAAUUUUAGGUGUCUUUGUACGGGGGAAAAAGGUCUUGGCGCCAGCAGCAAAGUGCCUCUGCAUUUCAAGGGAUGCAAGUUCCAUAAAAUUAUUCCUAAAUUUAUGGUGCAAGGCGGAGAUUUCACAAAAGGAGACGGCUCGGGAGGUGAAAGCAUUUAUGGUCGUGUCUUUCCCGAUGAAAACCUUUCAGUUAAGCACGACAAGCCGGGCCUGGUUGCGAUGGCGAACAGUGGGCCCGAUACGAACGGGUCGCAGUUCUACAUCGUCACUGUACCCACUCCCCACCUGGACGGCAAGCACGUCGUGUUCGGGAGGGUGAUCAAGGGAAUGGGUGUGGUCGCAGUCCUUGAGCUGGUGCGGACUUCCGACAUGGACGUUCCUGUCGAGGACUGCGUCAUCCAAAACUGUGGAGAGAUUCUGCCGGGCCAGGAUUUUGGGAUCUGUGAAGUGGACUGCACUGAGGACGUCUUCCCACCGUUUCCAGACGACUGCGACUUUGACUUUACCAAUAUUGAGAACAUCAUGUGCGUGGCUGAAAAGAUUCGGCAGUCGGGGAACCAUUACUUCAGGAAGGAAGACUUUGUCAGAGCACACUCAAAAUACAAGAAGGCGCUCAGGUACUUAAACAAACUUCACGAGGUCAACGAACUAUCGAAGGAGCAGGAGAGCAAAAUAGCCGCGGUGGUGUUGCCCUGCAUACUAAACAGUGCCGCCUCCAAGUUGAAGCUGAAGCGGUACGACCAGGCAUUGGACGACUGCGACGAGGCAUUAGACUUGGAACCAAAGCAUCCCAAAGCCCUCUUCCGCAGGGGUCAAGCAUUUCAUGGGAUGCGAGACUAUGAGAAGAGCAUGGCAAAUCUACAACAAGCUCUCUCUUUGUCGCCAAACAAUAAAGCAAUACUGUCCGAAAUAGCAGCUGUGAAGGGGGAGAUGCAGGCCUACAAGGCACAGGAACGCAAAGCCUAUGCAAAACUCUUCAACUGACUCGUGCAACAAUAACGGGAAAGAAAGAUGCGCUCUCUCUCUCUUUCAUUCCCUUUGUGUAGAGUUUGGCCCUCUUUCUGCCAUAAUAUGCAUUUUGACAGCUCCGUUCUACAAUAGGACACCACCCGACUCAUCAUUGCACUCGAGGUCAUUUGUCGAUGGCGUCAUGGUUCUGCGGGUGAUGGUACGUUGCAUCGACGUAAUACCAAAAAGGAGGGAUCCGCCAUUCUCCCUUUUUACGUGAGAAGCUCCCCCCAGACAGGGGUACCUUUUUUGUAUGGGAAAUGCAAAGGUGGAAACUUCCUCUCUAGGAUUAGGCCCCCUAUGGAGAGGUUGAAGUUAGAGAGAGGUUUUCAGUCGGGCCGAAAAGGAUUUUGUAUGUCGAGCUUGAGUCUCUUUUCCAGACCACGCAAACGGGUUGGUGUCUGUCGUCAGAAACUUGGUCGGACACUGACAGGAUCGGCAGGGAUAGUCUUUCGGUUGUCCCUCCUCCAGUUGGGGCCUCCUAGCUCGGAUGGCGCGUCUUGUGAGCUUGGAGCGUGCACGCACAGGCAUCGGAAAGAGAUGUCAUCCUCAUUCUGUCGGUGACUAUGGUGGUUUUGCAGCCUCCAUGCUUCCAGAAAAUGUAGUACUCUUGCGGGGUAUUUUAAGACUUUUCAGUUGUGCUCGCAGUUCAUAAUUUAACGAGAUUCCCGGGCUCGUUUGAAUCGAGUGGCAGUGGAAGUUGUCACUCGAUCCGUUCGAUGGGAAGGCGGAUGUUCCUUAGAAGGAAAGUGGGUGAGCAAAAGCCUGACACAGGGUAAGCGCCGAGUAUAAAUUUGCCAAAGUGGAUAGCCAGACUGUAGUUAUCAACUGGGCGGAAAGGUUAAAUUGUCCCGCCUCCAGCACUAAUCUGCUGUUAAAGGGAUACUUCAACGAAAUUUUAAAUGUACCCGUCGGGUUCAGAAAUGGGUUGAAUAUGAUCCACAAUAUCCGUAAAUGACAAUCGCACGUUUGUAUUUUGAGACUGGUGGCUGUAUUUUUGGUUAUAAACGGCCCACUCUGGCAAGCGCUUGAAUGCAGCCACGGGAGGGCAUGUGACAUCCAAUGCAAUCGUGACAUAGUUCGCCUUAGGACAAGCAAAGCUGCAGCGAGGCUGACGUUGAGAGGAUGGCCUAGUCGUUCCAGCCACCGAAGCGGCUGCUUUUGUACGAAUUUUGAGUGACGGGUUAAUCUUCUGGAAUCUUAUAGAGAGACACUAACAACUUCUCAGACACACAAAAGAGAAUAUCUGGGACAGGGGAGUUCCUCCUUCCCCUCCUUUCUCAUGGUGGCCGGAGGCGAGAAAGUUAUCUUCAAGGUUCUUAAGUGAGCAUUACAAACGAGGCGUUAGCGACAUCCACCAGGUGCUCUUUGCUAAUCGUUUAAUUUGUUUUAAAAUUCCUUUUCGUGCAUUUUUUAGCAAGAUAUUGGUGUGUCCGAUGUAAUACCCCUCCUUUGAACACAUAUUAGAUCAAAAAAAUAGGCGCCGAAAUUUCGUUGUAGUGUCCCUUUAAGGCGAUUAGGAAGACAUUCGUUCGUGAGCGUACACUCCGAUGGCUCGGCAUGCUGUUUUAUAUCCAAAAUCUGCUCCGCUAAAUUCCCCCAUGGAAAGUUUAGAUCAACUAGCAGUGUUCCUAGGUGGUGUUUAUUAGGUUGAAUUGUGUAGGGCUUUGAAUUAUGCAGUAUUGUACCGCGAUGUACUAGGACCUGCCCGUUUGCUGAAGGUGCAUUUGUAGGUUACGAUUUGUUCCCUAGACUUAGAUGUGUCGACAGUUUUGAUUUUGUUUUCACAAAACCUUUGAGAUGCGUUUAAUAAUCCUUGGAUCUGACCGCGUGAGCGGGCUUUCCUGAUUGGCAGAUCAACAUUGCUGAGGGAUUGAUGGAAAAAAAAAAGGUAUGCUUUCUUUGUCUUAAGACGACUUUGCCCGUGACUGCGGCUAUGGCUUGUGCUGUAAUGUUGUUUGGAUGCUGAAUAAUUAAGGCAGUUGUGGUGAAAACGAUGUUCAUUCCUGUUCUGAAUUUGACUCGCGCGAAAUUGUUUUGUUGCGUGUAAUUUUUCUCUAGCAUAGGAUUGAGUUUUGGCUUUGUUUAAACAUGCCCCAAAGACACAUCUACAGCUCUGGUGGAUGCGGCUAGUCGUGGAACUCACUAAUCAGGAGCUCGAAAGUGCCGUAAUCCGUGCUGCGAGAUGUUUUUUGUGUUUUUUGUUUCCACAACGUUGCAGUGACGAACGGAUGCAAAUAUCAUUUCGGUUGGCUGUGAGUCAAGGCUGGUGUUUGGUGCUGUUGUGUCUCAUUUGUGUGUGUUUUUGUUGAACAUUUUAUGACGGACAUUAUGUUAUUGGAGCAGUGAAUCUGCUGGUGACGUUCUGAGAGUGCUAAUGGAACUUUUUCGACGGUUUCUUUGUGCGUGCGACUGCUUGAAUGGUUGCCAUCUUCCCGGUGUUGAAUCUGUGCUGAGAAAGAGAAGUCUGUCUUUGGCAAGGCUGUGUAAAACGCCCCAUUACGUCGGGUGAGUUUCGAAUGGGGCAACUGGCUGUUUUUUUACAUGACGCAAUGGAGAGGGUUUUUUAAGGGCGACUUGGUUGUCUGCGGCUUCGAUGCUGGUUUUCUUUUUUGUGAGUUUUGGAAUAAUGUUUUUGCUGCUCUUACUCUCGUUGGCCUUACAAGUUUUUCUUGCAAAUGGCCCUAGGGAUCUGGGUUCUGAUUUUAUUAGUCGGGACUAUCAAUGGAAUAUUUUCUUUUUUUUGGCUUUGCUUGUGUUCAUUGCUGCGUUCCCUAGGCUUGUUUCGGUUUGACAUUGAGGGAUAGUAGGCUGUUGCCAGUAGCAUAAUGUCAUUGCAUGUGUGUGGUUUCACCAUUUUUGACCUGACCUUUUUCAUCAUUAUUAAUAUGUCACUCUUGUUGCUGCCAUUUUAUGUUGUAUUCAAUGAUUUUUCAGUGGUAUUUCUGAGCAUAUACUUCACAUCUGAAUGUUUCCUUAGUGGGUUUGUUUGCAUAGGUAUUUUAAAUAAUUUUAAUAUUUUAUAAUUAUCCAUUUUGAUGCAUUUGGUGUAUACCGGUGUACUUCUGACAAUUUUUGCCCAGUUUGGAAUUGUAGCUUUGUGAAUGAAGAGAGAAUGAGGAAAGGAAAAAUGAAAGCCAUUUACAAUUCCCUGUGAUGCCGGAUUAGAGCGCAGCUCUUGAGGAGGAGGAUGGAAACUUACUGGGAUAGGUGACUCCUUGAGGUCAGGUGACCUCAGGGGGGGUCGUGUGACGUCAGGGGGGUCACGUGACCUCGGGGGGUCACGCGACCUCGGGGGGGGGGGGGGGGGGGUCACGUGACGUUGGGAGGGUCACGUGGCCCCAGAGGGGUCGCGUGACCUCAGGGGGUCACAUGACCUCAGGGAGGUCACGUGACUUCGGGGGGGGGGGGUCACGUGACCUCGCGGUUACGCUGACGCCGACGCCGCUCGAGCCGUAAACGGGCCCCUAAGAGCUGCGCUCUAAUAACAUUUAGUUACAAUUUAACCGGUGGUAAUCGUAACUAGUUGGAAUCACCUUGUAUGUAUUUUUUUCUCUGCACACAUUCCGUUAGGAGUGGCCGAUUAUCCUGGUUUCAUCUUGUGCCAUGUAUGUUAUACCCAUCACUCCCAUCCAAUAAAGUGUGGACAUUACUA